AUGUUAAUUGAGAAUAAAAAGCAAAUAGAGUCUAACUCUGCCAAAGAUUAUAUAUUCGGGCGUUGUAUUGGCGGCGAUAGCUACAGUCUUGUUUACCUGGCUAUAGACAGGCACUCGGGACUGGAAUACGCCAUCAAAGUGUUUGAGAAGCGGCUAGUACGGCAAGAGCAACAAGAGAAUACUAUUAGCAGGCAGUGUGAAGCAAUGUGGAUAAUGAGAAACGUGCCUGGAUUUCUGCAGUUGAGACAAACGUUUCAGGAUCAGCGCUCGCUCUAUCUGGUAAUGCAACAUGCACGCCGCGGCAAUCUGCAGGGCUACAUAAGCAGCUUCGAUGGCGCCGCCUGUCGUCAUUAUGCGGCUGAGAUUUUGGUCGCCUGCGAGCAACUGCAUCAGCGACAGCUCAUACAUGGCGAGCUCAAGCUGCAGACUGUGCUGCUGGAUGAGCAGCUGCAUAUAAUGUUGGCAGAGUUUGGAGCUGCUCAAAAAGCGGAGCUAACAGCAGCUACAGAUCUGAGGGCUCUGGGCUGCAUUAUAUACGAAAUGGUGGCGGGUUGGCCAGCUGAGCAAAUCAACUUGCAUGACUUGCCCAAGGAUGCGCAGCAACUGCUGAAGCUUCUGCUGAACGCUCCAACUAAAUUUGUAAGCUAUGAGCAGCUGCGAUCUGAGGCUUUCUUCACUGGUAUCGAUUGGCAAACGCUGCGGCAGCAGAUACCGCCGCUUAUCUAUGCGCAGUCAAGCUCAAGUGAAUUCAAUGCCAGCAUGCAAAGUUUGCCCAACAGCGAGGACUUGGAACUGGCGCUGGAGCAGCAGCCCAUCAACUGUUUGCCCAAAGCGCAGCCAGCUCAUGCUAGUUGCUCUAUUUGCUAG